UACGUACUACUACAACACGCCAUAUAAAACAGGCCCAUGCAUUCAUUCAACUUGUUUCUCGUCUUCAGUAGAGAGGGAUUGUGAACUGCUCUUAAGUUAGUACAAAAGAUGAAAUUUCCUUCAGUUUUCAAGACUUUUAUUCUUUUUACGGUUGUCCUCAAUAUUGAACUAGCACGAGGUAAAAAUCACAGAGCCAGUAGGGCAUCAAACUCUCUAUCGAAGGCUGAAAAACAAGUAAAGAAUCUGGUCCCAAGUGUGGACGUUUUCGUCGCUGAACUCAAACAGCUUGAAGGUGGAAUAAAACAGGCAAACGGUGAUAAAAAGAUUAUAAACAAGAAAGUACAAGCUGUUUCCAACCUUGGACAAUACCUUGAGGGUAAGGCUAGUCUUAUAGGAGAACAUGCUAAGAAUAAAGUAAGAUCCAUCUUAGACGACCUGCUCCCAAUCGUUGACAAAAUUCUCGAUUUCCUUUCGAAACUAAGCAACUCUUCAUUAUUGGAGAUUAUAACGCAAAUUCUCAAGCUGACGUCACUGGAGGAUGAACUGAGCAAAUUUUUGGCACCCUUCAAAGAUGAUCCUAUAGAAUGUACAGAAGGCGAGUUGUCUACGGGGAUUCUUAUUCAGAGUGUCAAAGUUCUCAUAGAUGAUCUAAGACAAUUUAGCAAAGACACAAGGAGACAAAACUCUGUUAAUGCUCGGGAGGUUCAUUCCCAUGCCAACGUCAUCUCUGUUCUUGGGAAAUUCCUCAAGGAAAAGGUGGAUGAACAAUGGAUGAAAGAACCAAGAGGAACAACAGGCAAAAGACAAUUUAAGAGACUACGAUUGAUUACGAGACAAGUUAUAAAUUCACUGGACCAAAUACAGCAGAAUGACUCCCCGGAUAAAGCAAGGCUAAUAAGCGUUCUCAAUUCUGGCGUAAAGAGAUUCAGGAAAUGGUUGACCAGAACGAAGUAUGCUUCUAAAAAUUGUACUAAGGCGGAGGAGCCAAAGAGUAUCAAAAUUAAUCAAUGUUCCAGUUCCCCGUGUAAGAACGGAGGCACGUGCGAUGGCUCAGACGUAGGUUUUCGAUGUAGCUGUCCAAAGUCACACACUGGACAGCUCUGCGAGACGGAAAUAUGCUACCUUUAUGAGUCAGUCAAAGAAAACAGAACUGCGGAUAAGGUCUGUUUUGAGCAACUUAGCUGCUGCUACAGUAAAUCCCCCUUUAAUGUCUUACCAGAUCACCCGCGUGAUAUUAAACUAAAGCUACUCGUCAAAGAACCUGGUAGCGACCAAUAUAGAUGCUUGAAUGAGCAUACGGGUCAUUUGCUGGAUCCGAACAAGGAAACCAAAUUAUUCUCCCACGGAUUUCUCUCAUAUGGUACGGUAGAAUGGAUACGAGAGACACGAGGGGUGUUCAGUAAAGAGUUCAAGGAUGACUUCAAUUUGGUUUCCAUUGACUGGGAGGAGGGGGCCAAAUACCUGCUUGACUACAACAGGGCUAGCUCAAAUGGCCAACUCGUUGGGAAAAUGGUCAGUACAUUUCUAAUGGAUGUACUCAAACUUGACCCGAAGCGUAUACAUUGUAUAGGACACAGUCUUGGGUCUCAUGUUUGCGGAUUCAUCGGCAAAGAAAAUACACUGAAGAGAAUUACUGGUUUAGAUCCAGCUGGUCCACUUUUUGAAUUCUUCGGCCCCGACCAUAGACUUGACCCUACAGAUGCCGACUUUGUUGACGCAAUCCACACAGAUGCGUGGGGCUCAGGAUGGUUUAACAUCGUAGAUUAUGGCAUCAUGCGACCUGUGGGCCACGUAGACUUUUACCCCAAUGGGGGUGGUGAUCAGCCAGGUUGUAGGAGGAAAAGGAAAAAGAGGGGUUUAAGUAUAUGUCACCAUGCAAGGAGCACUGAGUUAUUUAAGGAAUCCAUAGACUCUAGUUGUGAAUUUAUAGCACAACCAUGCAAUUUAGCUACAGAUAAUGUCAAGCAAGGAGGCUGUAAUACCAUUCCAACGUGUGAAAACCACCAUGUUAUGGGAUACUAUGCUGACAAAUUCAAAGACCGUCACGGAAAAUAUUACCUUGUAACAAACAGUGGCCAUCCAAGAUGUAUACAGAGCCAUCUAAGUAGUUGUUUUAUUUCCAAGACGCUACCAAUAUCGAUUCAUCUUACAUCUACUACGGGCUUUCCAUAUUAGAGUGUUAUCGACAGGAUUGUCUUCUAGGAUGACUUGUCUACAGGGUCAUCCUAGCAAGUCUACAGGGUUAGUUCUUGACACGAGAAUAGUUUUACGACAAAGUGUACAUAGGCACCAAUUCCUUUUAGAUUUUUUAGGAUGACCUCAAAAGCUAAAUGUGCUACUUAGUAAUCGACCUCAUAACAUUAUGCAUUUUGAAAAUGUGACAUAACUUACUACAGAGGUCAAGACAACCUAAAUAAUUCCAAGUACAUGUACUUUUAAGUUCCAGUUAAAGUUCCAGCAUUGCAUUUUUGAAGCUUCUCCUCACAUGGUAUAAAAUGUAAAGGGGUCAAUUAUCAUACUCCAUUUAAAUUUUAAAAAUAAAAGGCGGGGACAAAAUGUGUUACUGCUUUUCAGUGAAACAAAUAUUUUAUUUAUUUUUGAUAAAGACGAGGACUUCAAACUGCAACAAGUUGUCACAGCAAUUCUCAUAUAUGAACGACCAUUUAUUUAUAAGAUAUUGAAUGAUAGUAAAAUGAUAAUAAUACCACAAAUAUGUACAUGGACAUAGUCAGUCAUCAUGAAGCUGAGACAUGCCUCACAAAUAUUGACAGAUAUAUAUAUUCCGAAGUUUUUCCAAUAAAACUGAAGAAGAUGGAGUCCCAGGAAGCAAAAUAUACCUCAUUUAGCCUUUUCUCACCUCUGAAUUUUAAGAUCGCCUAAUUUUAUAUCCCAGAUAUGCCCCUCAAUAUAAAUGUUUAAAAAUAUUGGUAGGACGCAGAAAAAAGGAGUUCGAUGGGAGACAACAUAUGGCAGCUUUGUGACAGUCUCAAUUUGUGUGCAUUUAAUUUAUGAUGAAAUAUUUAUUGAAAUAUUGCAUUUAUGUGUCGAUCCAUUUACGAGAAGACCCGAGAUUAUCUUGAUAUUCUCCAGCCAAUGAAUAAAUGAUAUUAUUUUCGAAAGAUA